ACUUUCUUGAAAACUUUCAUUGGAGGCACUCAAUGAGAGGUGAAGAGGAAAAUAAUUCAUUGGAAAUGUGCGAUAUGACAGAAUUAAAUGAAGAAACGACAACUAGAUUGAUUAAAUUGGUAAAGAUAAAUCCGAUUAUUUGGGAAUCAAUGAGCUGUAAUAAAAAGGAUGAGGAAGUUGUUUGGAAAGGUAUUGGAAAUCAAUUAGGACUCACAGGAAAUCGAGCUAAGCAAGUAUUUGACAAAUUAAGAGAAUGUUUCUAUCAAGAUGUUAACCGACAAGACGUGGGAGAUGCUGAUAAGUUCGAUAAAAUUAAUCCAUAUUGGAAAUUCUUUCCAUUACUUAAUUUUCUUAAACCGAAGAAAGCAUCCAAACCAAUACUGAUUAGGAAUCAUUCGCCAAGGGAAAAGAGACCAAGAGUAGGAGGUGAUUUCGAAGAUACGUACGGAUCGGAGUCGUUGUCAACUCGAACGUCUACUGCUACUUCUCCAACUUUUACUGAAGGAUCUACAACUACAACGGGAAAGAGAAGAGUUUUUGAUGAGAAGGAUAUGCAUACGUACUUUAUGCAAUUCCUAAACGAAAGUAAGAAGAGCAUUGACGAAGAUGAGAUUUUUGCAAAUUUUUUGUAUACGGAGAUUAAAAAACUACCAACAGCGUCUAAAGAUGAGCUAAAAUGGAAAAUUCAUUCUCUAAUUAGAGACGAAAAACAAAGGAUCAUCUCCUGCUGA